UUCAGUUAUUUUUCAGCUGAUCUGGUGCAUCACUUUCCUCAUUGAACGCAGCUGAGUUACGCGUCGCGGACCCCGCCUGUUAUUCAAAUCGAUGCGAACUGCUGACCCAUGCUUUAUCGGCGCAUGGAGUGGACCACCAAUGAGCAGUGGGUAAAAUGACGUUUCGCUCUUUGGAAGCUAGGCUACCUCCGGGAUGGAGGUCAUCCGCCAUUUAACUAAGACCGAAAGACGAUUCCGGCGGCCCAUCCGCAUAUCGGCCUACGAUUCCAUGUGCGAUUCUUCAAAAGUCGAUUCAAAAUUCUUUUUCAGAGGCAGCCGAUACCGACAGUCGGCUCCGGUCACUUGUAUAGAUUCUCAUGUAGCCCUUUUUAACCUACGCGUAAGUCGUUUCAUAGAGCCGAACCCCGCUGUCCCUUCCUCCCUGGUGUGCACGGUAGGUCCUCUUCUAGGGUCAACUGAAGCUCGUUAUCUCGCCCGCCCCCAUGACCGCUGACACCACAUCACCGCAAUCUGAACUGCCCAAACUUUUAGACGUUCUGUCUCAAAGACCGGUACCGGCAAGUGAUAAUGUGACCUUCAGAGAUGUUGCACCUGCAGAGGCCGCGCACGCAACGAUCAGAUGGGGUUUGGCAGACCACGCACGGUCUUUCUUGGGGGGCCGCCACAGAGGUGUUCACGAAUUGGCUAUACUCCGCUUGGGCUCCUGCAGCGUCAUUUCGGUUCAAGAUGGCACGGCAAUGAGUGGAUAUUCACCCCCAACUCUAUUUGUCCAAUCUACUAGCGUGGGGGCGAGUAGCAGAAUGGACGGCAGCAAUUUCACGAAUGGCGCCCAACUUACCUCUGCGCUGUCGUGCUGCAGAAGAUAUGCGCCAAGAAGUUGCAUCUUGCACGGGGUCCGUGGGCCGGUGUUGAUUGAUACUUUGGCGCCCGGCGUCGAAGGAAGGUAUUAAUGCUCGGGAAUAAAUCGGGCAUGUCUCUCAGUGUUUACCAACUCACGAGUUUCUAGGACCCAGCGGACCGUCUCUUACAAUAUUGGCAUGGCUCACUUUAUCAAGGUUCAACAUGUCGUGACGGACUGCGUCGACUGCACAUAUUCCACAAAGUGUGAGUUGGGUCGGCGCAACUGCCUGAUCUCUGGCAGGCUGCAUACAUGAGUCCUUGCUGUCCAGAGAGGAACGAAGAAAGAGGAUAUGGGAAAUAAUCUUCAGAUGAUGAAGAACGAAGCACGAAGUAGUAUAGAGUGACCAAGGCAAACGAGAGAGUAGCGUCUAUACCAUGAUGCUUUAGACUAUAUCAACUCGAAUAUUCCAUCGACCUCUCAAGACUAUAAGUCUAUCAGGAACAAAAGUAAUACGAAAUCAAAUUCUCCUCAAA